AUGAAGGCUUCAGUGUGCAGCAUCGGGGCUCGGCGCUCGGUUGUAGUCGCGCGGUCGAACAGCAGCUACUCUCAUGUCUUGACACGUCGGUUUCAUCAAGAGGGGUCAUUUGGGUAUAGAAAGGCGAGAGAAGUAACUGUGCCCGACUACACCCCCGCUCAGCUGCAGAACAGAACCGACAACGCGCCCCUUCUGCGAUACGUGGACUCUAUGCGCACGCACGGGCACCGAGCGGCGCGCAUAGAUCCGCUGGACCUCAUGCAGCGCGACGACGUCGCCGCACUGGACCCUACUCGGUACGGCCUCACGGACUCUGACAAGGAGUACAACGUCAACGGGAUCAUUUGGACUGCACCCGUGGGCACGCAGUCGGACGCCGCGCAAAUGUGGAAGCUGCGCGACAUCGUGCAGUACCUGCGCUCGGUGUAUGUCGGGCGCAUUGCGUACGAGUACAUGCACUCACCGUCCAAGACCGAGCGCCUUUGGUUCUCCAACUUGCUGGAAUCGGAGGACCCUGCGCGGCAGACGCCGGCGGAUCUGCGGAAGAGGAUGCAUGAGCUACUCGCGCGUAGCGAGACAUUUGACCAAUUCCUGCAAGUAAAGUUCCCGAAUCUGAAGCGGUAUGGUCUGGAAGGCGGAGAGUCGAUGCUCCCGGCGCUUGAUGAGCUCUUCCGUGUCUCGUCGCAAGCCGGUAUCCAACAUAUCAUUCUCGCGAUGCCUCACAGAGGCAGGCUCAACUUGUUAACGGAUCUCCUACAAUACUCUCCUACGGCUCUCUUUCAUAAGAUCAAGGGAGGGAGUGAAUUCCCGGAAACAUUCGACGUCUCAGGAGAUGUCAUAAGUCACCUUGUUUCAUCUCCUGAACUUCGUUAUGAUGAUGCUUUGAACCCUGUCAAGGUCUCGCUCCUGCCUAACCCUUCACAUUUGGAGGCUGUCAACCCGGUAGCACUUGGCAAGACGCGCGCGAAGCAGUACGCGUUGCUCAAGACAUCGCCCGAGGACUGCAUGCUCGGCGAUAGGGUGAUGUGUGUGCAGUUGCACGGUGACGCGAGCUUCACCGGCCAAGGCGUGGUUAUGGAAACACUUGGACUAAGCAAUCUACCUCACUUCACGAGCGGGGGAAGCGUGCAUAUUGUAGUCAAUAACAACAUCGGAUACACUACCCCUGCUUCGGAAGCGAGAUCAUCACUCUACUGCUCCGACAUUGGGAAGAUGAUCCAUGCUCCCGUGCUCCAUGUGAAUGGUGACUAUCCCGAAGAUGUAGCUCGAGCGGUAGAUACUGCUUUCAAAUAUCGCAACUACUUCCGGAAGGAUGUCAUUAUAGACUUGAUCGUCUACAGGCGCUGGGGCCACAACGAACUGGAUGAACCAGCGUUCACUCAGCCUUUGAUGUACCGACAAAUCCGAGCGCGCAAGUCGGUACCUCAGCUAUACGAAGACCGUUUGGUGGACGAGGGACUCAUCUCGAGAGAGGAAGCGACUUCAUUGCGGACCUCGUACAAGGCGCAGUUGGACGAGAAACUCUCUCAAGUUGCCGAGUUCACGCCCGAGGUGUCACUCUCUCAAGGGCGAUGGAAGGAUACGGUGUGGCCUGCGGGCGAGUCCGCAUUGUGGGAUCCCGAAACUGGGCUCGACGCGCAUAGCCUAAAGGCUAUCGGUAGAGCCAGUGUAACUGUACCCGAAGGUUUCCAAAUCCAUCCGCGGCUGCAGAGGCAUGUUAAACAUCGACUGCAGAGUUUGGAGGCGGGUACGGGUCUCGACUGGGCUACUGCUGAGGCAAUGGCCUUUGGCUCCUUGAUGCAAGAGGGCUGCGAUGUGCGGAUUUCAGGCCAAGACGUGGGUCGAGGCACUUUCAGUCAACGUCACGCCAUGUUGGUGGACCAAGAGUCCGAGAAGGUUGUCAUCCCUCUCAACGGGGAACUCGGGGCUCAGGGAAAGCUAGAAUUAGCAAACAGUUCUCUAAGCGAAUUCGCUGUUCUUGGGUUCGAGUACGGCGUGAGCUGGGAAACACCGGGUCUGCUUCCCAUAUGGGAGGCUCAGUUUGGAGACUUCUUCAACGGAGCGCAGAUUAUCAUCGAUACUUUUAUUGCUUCUGCCGAAACCAAGUGGUUGAAGCAGAGCGGGAUUGUGCUCCUCCUGCCUCACGGCUUGGACGGAGCCGGGCCCGAACAUUCUUCCUCCCGAUUGGAGCGCUGGCUGCAAUUGACCAACGACAGGUAUGAUGAUGCCGAUGGCGAGCGUGCGAACGUCAAUAUGGGCGUGGUUUUCCCGACUACACCCGCUCAGUAUUUUCAUCUCCUGCGAAGACAAAUGAAGCGCAAUUUUCGCAAGCCUCUAAUAGUUGCAGCUCCGAAGGGUCUCCUGCGGCUACCUGCAGCCAUGUCGCCGCUAUCGGAGCUCGAGCCAGGGACCAAGUUCCAGCCCGUGCUUGACGACCAGGUCGUAACCAAGACGAAUGUCGAGCGCGUUGUCUUUUUAUCAGGUAAAUUGUACUACGACCUCGUCAGGCAAAGGCAGGAUCUCGCGAAGGAUCGUGUCGCGCUUGUGCGUCUGGAGGAGCUCUCGCCCUUCCCCUUCGCUGAACUGCGCGGCGUGUUGAGCGCGUAUCCCGGCGCGAAGGAUUUUGUAUGGGUGCAGGAGGAGCCGCGAAACCAGGGUGCGUACGGGCACGUCGCGCCCCGCGUCGAGCAUGUCCUACGGUCGAUGGGAUAUACUGGUAGGCUGGGGUAUAGAGGGAGGAAGGAAGAUUCCGUGCCUGCCCCGGGGGUGGGGAAGACGUACCGGGUUCAACAGGAAGCUGUGCUAAAAUCCGCUUUCGCCUGAGUACCGGGGAGUCUCGGGCUGCAGUUGCUGACGAGUAUUGUCACAUCACUGGGCUAGCUGUCUAAGAUAUUGCCAUCUUGCAUUGCAUGCCAUUUUGCAUAUCAUGUAUCACUCGGGCUGCAGACGCCAUUUAGUUUCGGGUGGAGACAUCCGAUUAGCCCAACAGACAAUGUACCUCUUAUCAU